AUGUCUCUCCACCGCAGCAUUACCUCUUCAUUCUUGCGCACCGUUCCUCGUUCCUCAAUCUUCACACCUCGAUUCGGCAGCGCCAUUACCUAUUCGCGCACCAUGGCUUCAGCUACCUCUUUCCAGAAAAUCAAAGUCAAGAAUCCAAUUGUGGAGCUUGAUGGAGAUGAAAUGACGAGGAUUAUUUGGAAGGAUAUUAAGGAUAAAUUUAUUCAUCCUUAUCUGGAUGUUGAUUUGAAAUAUUAUGAUUUGGGUUUGGAGUAUAGAGAUGAGACAAAUGAUCAGGUUACUAUUGAUGCCGCAGAGGCUAUUCAGAAGUAUUCCGUUGGUGUUAAGUGCGCUACUAUUACUCCGGAUGAAGCUAGAGUUAAGGAGUUCAAUUUGAAGCAGAUGUGGCUCUCACCUAAUGGAACCAUCCGUAACCAUCUCGGCGGUACAGUUUUCCGCGAACCUAUUGUCAUUCCUCGUAUUCCUCGUCUCGUUCCUGGAUGGAAGAAACCUAUUAUCAUCGGUCGUCAUGCAUUCGGAGAUCAAUACCGCGCAAAAGAUAUGGUUGUUCCAGGUCCAGGUACCCUUACCAUGACUUUCACACCUGAUGGAGGCGCACCCACCGAAACUGUUGUCUAUAACUUUAAAUCGGGAGGAGGAGUUGCUCAAACUCAAUAUAAUACUGAUGAAUCCAUUAGUGGAUUUGCUCAUGCUAGUUUCAAAUUGGCUCUUAGCAAGGGAUUACCUUUGUAUAUGAGUACUAAGAAUACAAUUUUGAAAAAGUAUGAUGGAAGAUUCAAGGAUAUCUUCCAGGAGAUUUUUGACAAGGAAUAUAAACCUCAAUUUGAUGAGAAGAAGAUUUGGUAUGAACAUCGAUUAAUUGAUGAUAUGGUUGCGCAAAUGAUGAAGAGUUCAGGUGGUUAUGUUAUGGCUUUGAAGAACUACGAUGGAGAUGUUCAAUCCGAUAUUGUAGCUCAAGGAUUUGGUUCCCUUGGUCUCAUGACCUCAGUACUCAUCACCCCUGAUGGAAAGACCUUUGAAUCCGAAGCCGCCCACGGAACCGUCACUCGUCAUUACCGCGAACAUCAAAAAGGUAACCCUACCUCCACCAACCCUAUCGCAUCAAUCUUUGCUUGGACAAGAGGUCUCGUCCAAAGAGGUACUUUAGAUAAUACACCAGAAGUCGUUGCUUUCGCAGAAAGCUUAGAACAAGCUUGCAUAGAUGUAGUUGAUAAGGAGGGUAUCAUGACGAAGGAUUUAGCAUUAGCUUGUGGAAACACAGGAAAGGAUGAUUAUGUUACUACUGGGGAGUAUUUGGAAGCAGUAGAAAAGAGGAUGAAGGGACUUUUGAAGGAGAAAUUGUAG